AAAGAAGGGCAAUUUUGUAACUUCGUGUAGACACCCAAAAUAGUUGUCUUGGGAACAAAGAUUUCUCUUCUUCUCCACUUCGAUAUCUACCUUCUUCUCUUAAAAACCCUAACCAGUCUGAAUCAAGUAAUCAGAUCGAACUGAAAAACAAAAAAGUAAAUCUAACAAUCUAAAAAUGAGUAGAGGGAGUGGAGGCGGCUACGAUCGUCACAUUACGAUCUUCUCUCCCGAAGGUCGUCUCUUUCAAGUCGAAUAUGCGUUUAAGGCUGUGAAGGCGGCCGGAAUUACCUCUAUUGGCGUCCGUGGAAAGGACUCCGUUUGUGUUGUUACUCAGAAGAAAGUCCCUGACAAGCUAUUGGAUCAGACCAGUGUAUCCCACUUGUUCCCGAUUACCAAGUAUCUUGGACUAUUGGCUACUGGCAUGACAGCUGAUGCGAGAACCUUGGUUCAACAAGCUCGAAAUGAAGCUGCUGAGUUUCGUUUUAAAUAUGGAUAUGAAAUGCCAGUGGAUGUACUGUCUAAAUGGAUUGCAGACAAGUCUCAGGUUUACACACAGCAUGCCUAUAUGAGACCCCUUGGAGUAGUUGCUAUGAUUUUGGGCAUUGAUGAGGAGAAAGGACCCCAGCUCUUCAAGUGUGACCCUGCUGGUCAUUUUUUUGGUCAUAAGGCUACAAGUGCUGGAUCUAAAGAACAAGAGGCAAUUAAUUUUUUGGAGAAGAAAAUGAAAAAUGACCCUGCUUUCUCCUAUGAGGAAACUGUUCAGACUGCAAUUUCUGCUCUUCAAUCUGUCCUGCAAGAGGAUUUUAAGGCCAGUGAAAUUGAGGUUGGUGUUGUGAAGAAAGAAGAUCCCGUCUUCAGAGUGUUAACUACCGAGGAAAUUGAUGAGCACUUAACAGCCAUCAGUGAGCGUGACUGAUUAGCCUCAGGAUAGUCUGUUUCUCUUAGAAAUGUAUGUUCGCUAUCAUGACUUGUAAGAUCCCAUAUGAUGUCAGUUGGUGGGCAUAGACAGAAUCCUUCUGCAUAUGCUGAUAAUGAGUUUCAAGUUAUUGAAUGUAACAUUUCUCGGGAUCAUCUUAUUUUCACAAAAAUGUUGAAUGCAACUGCGCGGGAUUAUAUUUAUAUUUCAUGCUGAAUUUUACGUGCUUCAA